AUGGCUGGAUCGAAAGUAGCUAAUAUUGAAGAUAUUAAGAAUUAGAUUGCAUAUAACGUCAAUAAUGAACUUGAAAGCUUCACAUCAAAAAUGCUAGACGAUGAUGAUUUGAGUAAAAACACACAAGAUAGCGCAAUGGAUCCUUCUUCAUCGUUAUUGGUAGAAAAAAGAUAAAAAUAUUACGAGGAAUCAAUGCUGAAAAAUGCAAAGAAAAAAUUUUCAAGUGAUUUGAUUAAUGAAAACAAUAAAUCUACAGCAUCCCUGAAAAAAGAAAUCUCUGAUAAUUCUACCUCUAAAGAAAUUCAAGUAAAACUUCAAACGUUCAAGCCAGCUUAUAAUGAUACUACUGAGAAUAAAAUUGCAGAGUAUAUCAUUGAUCUCAUGUUUCUGUUUGAUAUUAUUUUCAAUUUCAGGGCUACUUACAUAGAGUCAUCAACUGGAGAAGAAAUAUAUGACCCGAAAAGAAUAGCCUACAAGUAUCUAACUGGCUAUAGAUUUUACCUAGAUCUGUUCUCAACCAUACCCUUCGAUAAGAUAUUUUCUCCACUAGUCAAUGCAGAUGCUGAAUAGUUUUUGUCCGCUCUUGGUAUGCUUAAGCUCUUCAGAAUUACGAAGAUCAGUGGAUUAAUUCAAAAAAUUAAUGUGAGUAGAGCUACAAAAGCGAUGUUCAAAGUUCUACAAUUGAUAUUCUUCUUGGUUCUCUUUAUUCAUUUCUAAGCUUGCAUAUACUUCUUCAUUGCAAGAUAAUAUGAGGAGUGGAUCCCCAAUGAAGAUUUUAUUUACAGAAAAACUGAGAUCUUUUCUAUGAGUCCCUCAUAUUAAUAUUGGGUAUGCAUGUAUUACUCAGCGAUGCUUUUCAGUAUAAGUGAUAUGGUAGCUGCAACUACCGCAGAACUAGCUUUUACUUCAGUUAUGAUGCUUAUUUGUGCUAUGAUUACUGCAAACAUAUUUGGUCUCAUAGCUGUACUUACAUCUUAAAUGAAUGAAAAAUCGUCAAAGUUUUAGGAAUAAAUGGAUAUAGCAAAUACAGCUAUGAAGAACAUAAAACUAAGUUUAUAACUUAGAAAUGAAGUCUGUUACUAUCUGCUUAUGACUAGAACUACUUAAGACUAGCAAGAAGAGUUCCAAAGAUUUCUUGAUGAUAUAUCACCUAGUCUAAGAAUUGAGAUCUAAAAUGAAAUCUUUAUGAUAGCAAUCAAGAAAAAUGAGCUUCUUAUGUUAGUUGCAUCUAAGCAUGAUAAGCAUUUAAAAUUGAUUGAUAUAAUUGUAAAAAAUCUAGAAAUUCAACUUGAAUCACCAGAAAAUGAGAUUGUAAAGCAGGGAUCAGAUGAUACAGAAGCUAUGUACUUCGUUCAAAAAGGCGACUGUAGUGUUCUUGUUUAGGAUAAAAUUGGUUUAGAGGCUGGCAUCAAAAGAGAAGUAAGUUUGAUUUAUAACUGCAGGAGAACAGCAACUGUAACUGCCAACAAUUAUUGCACCUUAGCUAGACUUUCGAUAAAUACUUACAGAACAAUAGCCAAUAAGCAUCCAAUUUGGGUCAAAGAAAUGAAGGAGUAGAUAUUUGUCUACGAUGAUGAUGUGAAGGUAUUCAUGCAAGAAAAUCUAAAAAAAGUGCAAUAUCUUAAGAGUCUAGACGAAGACAUCUUUCACGAAGUGAUGUUUAACUUUACCUAGGAAACAUUUGACCGCGGAGCUUUUUUAUUCAAAGAGAGUGAGCAAUCAAAUGCCAUGUUUGUAGUUAAGAAUGGAAUUGUAGAGAUCAGCUGCUAAAUUGAAAACUAGGAAUUAGUUAUUGAAAGAUUAUACAGAGGCUCUAUUAUCAAUCACAGAUCGUUUUUAGUGGCUGAUAAAAGUGACAUAAGUUGUAAAUGUGCUUAGACAAUGACCUUAUUCUAUCUUACAUUUGAUUAAAUCAAAAGAUUGAGGAUGAAGAAUUCUAAAUUAAACUAAGAAAUAUUGGCAAUAGAAAGCUCUGUUAAAGCCAAAGAAAAUCCUUACAUCAUAGAUUAUAUCAUGAGCAGAGGGGUUUAGCACAAUGUCAAUAGAUCACGAGAAGUCGAAGAUAAGCGUAAUGAUCUAACUUGCACCCUAAAGAACAUGGUUCUUUAUCACUUGAUUAAUUUCAAGAUAGCAUAGAAAAAACCUAGCUUCAAAGAAGUAAUUGCUUAAGUUAUAAGAAAAAAGAAGGAAGAAAUGAAAAAGUAAAGAAAGAGAAAGCUAGCCAUGCUAAUGGGUGAGCAGGUAGAUGAGGAUGAAGACGAAAUCGAAGGCUUUAAUAAGGAUUAAACUGAGUAAGUAAUUGAACAACUAACUACUGUAAGAAAGAAAUUCACUAAAAAUAAUUAAGAUCUGGAAUAACUAGAUAAAAUUGUCAAGGAAUAUACAGAGAAGUCAGAAAUCUAGGUUGAGCAGCCAAAUACACCCAAAUUUAGAAGAGAUAAGAACUCAAUUUAGUUAUGA